UUGAACGCUACUAAUUUAAGUUCGAUCAACCCCGAGCCGCCCCCCCUCCCUCCCCGUCCCCCGCCCGGCCUUCUCCCCUCGCACACCUUCAGCACCGCCAUCAAUCAUUCCGCCGCCUCGAUGACCGCGAGUCAUUUCAAUAAGAAGCGUAUUGUUGUGUCGCUAGAGUCUGUUUCUCCGUGCGUCGGGUUCGGUGACUUCCGACCCGCUCAGACUCCUCGCUACCUCCUCGUCACCUCUGUAGCCCUGGUUAAAUUGUUGGCGUCGUUGUCCGGGGGUUGCCAGCUUGCCAAUGCACCGAGCGCGGUCGUCGACCUCUAUCGAUCCCGGACACGCGCCCCUGCGGCGCCGCGCCCUCACACACCUCCCUCUGCAGCCACUCUCACCCUCCACCCUCCACCCUCCGCCUCACCCUCACUGUACGCACACAGUCUCCGUAACACCGCAUGCGACAUUUCUCUCCACUGA